AUGUUAAUGCAACAUGGAAAUAUUAAAUUAGGUAAAAAACUUUUCUCUAAAAUCAACAAAGAUACAACAAGUUAUGGUGUUAUGAUGUCAGGUUAUUUGAAAAAUAAACAAAUAGAAAAAACAAUUGAUUUAUUUUUUCAAAUUAAUAAACCAAAUGAUAUAAAUUUAAUUAUAUUUUUUAAUGCAUGUGCUGAAUUAGGUAAUGAAAAAGUACUUCACUCGAUAUUAAAUAUGUUUAGUAAAUAUUUAGAUAUUGAAAGUACAAAAAAAUUAUUUUCUCAAUUAAAUCGAAAUGAAAUGACAUAUGGAUUAAUGAUGAAUAUGUAUAAUAAUCGAAAUAAACCAAAAGAAACUUUAAAUUUAUAUGAAGAAAUGAAACGAGAAAAAAUUCAACCAAAUAAACAAAUUAGUAUUUUAAUUCUUAAUGCUUUUUUUCAAUUAAAUUAUUUUAUUAAAGCAGAAGAAUUCUUCAAUCAAAUUCCAAAUAAAUCAUCAAUGAUUUAUGAUAUUGUACUCAAUGGUUUAGCUAAUCAUAAUCGUGCGAAACAAGCAUUUGAUCUUUUUCAACAAAUGUCUAUUCCACCAAAUGAAUAUACAUUAAGUAUUUUAUUUAAAAUUUGUUCACAAUUAAAUAAUACAAAAUCAUUGGAAUUUGCAAAAAAAAUCUUAAACGCAAUGCCUGAAAAAUAUCAAUGGAAUACAAUUAUUCUUAAUUCAGCAUUACAUAUGUUAAUGCACCAUGGAGAUAUUUUAUUAGCUGAAAAGAUUUUUUCACAAAUGAAUAAAGAUACAAUUAGUUAUGGUGUAAUGAUGUCAGGUUAUUUGAAAAAUAAUCGACCUGAAGAAGUCAUUGAUAUUUUUAUGAAAUUAAAUAAUCAAAUGGAUGAAAUUAAUCUAUUAAUAUUUUUCAGUGCAUGUGCUGAAUUAGGUAAUGAAAAGGGAUUAAAAUUAGGUAAACACAUCUAUUCAAAAUUAUUAUCAAAUAGAAAAUUACUUAGUGAAAAAGUAAUUCAUUCGAUAUUGAAUAUGUUUAGUAAAUGUUCAGAUAUUGAAAAUGCUGAAAAAUUAUUUAAGAAAUUAAAUAAAAAUACGAUUAGUUAUGGAUGUAUGAUGGCAAUGUAUAAUAUUCAAAAUGAACCUGAGAAAACUUUAAAUUUAUAUGAAGAAAUGAAACGAGAUAAAAUUGAAAUUGAUAAUCUUACUUGGAUUUUAAUUAUUAAUGCAUUAGCAGAAUUAGCUGAUCUUUCAACAUGUGAAUCGAUUAGUUCAGAAUUACCUGACAAAUUCUACAAUGAUAUUCAAAUUCAAAAUGCCUUGAUUAAUAUGUGGGGGAAAGCGAGUUCAGCUGAUCGAGCAAAAAAGAUUUUUGAUCAAAUUAUAAAACCAAAUAAUAUGUCAUAUUCAACUAUGAUUAAUGCAUAUGGUCUAAAUGGAUUAGGUAGAGAAGCUGUUCAACUCUAUUAUAAAAUUGCAUAUGAAAUCAUUGAUGAUAUUAUUAAUUUAUGUGUGUUGAAUGCAUGUUCACAUGUAAGUCUAAUUAAUGAAGCUCAAGAGAUUUUUAAAAAUAUUUCCAUCGAUAAAAGAACAGAAAAAAUUUAUACAACAAUGAUUGAUUGUUUUAGUCGUUCAAAUUCAAUGAAUGAAGCUGAAGAAUUAAUUAAUGAAUAUGAACAAUCACAUUUACCAUCCUAUUCAAUGUACAUGUCAAUUUUGUCAGCUGCACGUAAUCAACGAAAUUCAUUAUUAGCACAGAAAAUGUAUGAUCGUAUUGAACCUUAUUUAAAAGAUCAAGAAAUCUAUGCUACAUCAGCUAAAGUCUUGUUAGCAAAUACAUAUGCAUUAGCAGGUGAUUUAACAACAGUAUCAAACAUUCGAAUGAAAAUGAAUCAAUCAGGUUUGAAAAAAUUGGCCGGUCUUUCUUGGACAGUAGUGAAAUUUCGUGUACAUGAUCGAUCACAUCCACAAUCGAAUGAAAUCUGCGAAGAAUUAGAACGUUUAACAAAUGAAUUAAAACAACAUGGAUAUCAAUGUGAUGCAUCAUGGAUUAGUCAACCAUUGACAAAUAAUGAAAAAUCUUUUAAGUGGGUUGCUCAAGUUCGUCAAUGUACAAUUAUUGUACGAGAUGUUAAUCAUACACAUCAUUUCUAUCCCGAUGGUCAUUAUUCUUGUGGAGAUUUCUUUUAA